AUGUGGCAGUCGGACUACUGCGACUGCUUCCAGGAUAUGGACUCGUGCUGCUGUGGCUGCUUUUGCCUCACCUGCGGUGUCAUGCGCAACAAGGCAUGGCUUGACGCUGAGCCGUUUGGCGGAGGCGACAUCUGCAUCGGCAUCGGCAUGUACCUCCUCAAUGGCCUCUACGGCCUUGGCUGGCCCGUCACAUGGUGGUGUGUGUACCAGAACCGCAAGCGCAUCGUCGAGCGGUACAACAUCCUCAACUCGCGCGGCAUGCCCGAGCUCGAGUGCAAGGACUACUGCUGCCUCGUCUGCUGCACCCCUUGCGUCGUCUGCCAGCACGUCCGCGAGCUCGAGCUCCGCGGCGCCCGCCCGCAGAUACUCCCGGGCAAGAUCUCUGAGAUAGUAGCGGGCGAGCUGUACCUCGGCAACCAGUCUGCCUCGCGAGACUGUAAGCUUCUAUGCUUGCUGGGCAUAACGACGGUGGUGUCUGUGGGAUGCCAGGCCAAGACGCCGACGUGGUUUGAGGUCGAGCGCCAUCACCUGCCGCAGAGCGAUAGCGAUGGCGAUAUUCUCGCGACUGCCGCUGCUGCUGCCGAGCUCAUCGAUGCUGCGAACGGCGCCGUGCUUGUCCACUGCCAGGCCGGCAUGUCGCGGUCGCCGGCGGUGGUUGCGGCGUAUCUUGUGACGCGGCGCGGGUACUCGCCCGAGGAGGCGUGGCGGACUGUGGUCAACGCGCGGCCCAAGAUCCGACCACGAGCCGACUUUGUGGUGCAAGUGGCGACGCUGGCGGAGGAGUAAAGGCAUGAUCACA